AGGGUCUCCGCUAGCUGGAUUUAUUACAUGAUCUCUUUCUGGAUAAGUACUCAGAGUAUAAAAGAUACAUAGCCAAAUAGAUUAUCCGCUGCACGUGAAUAUCCCGAGUGUGACGAGCGAGGCUGAGAUCGAGACUCAGCUGAGUCGCCGCGUCUCUCGAGACCAUAGUCCUGCAAACCUCCUACUACGCCGCGCGAGGCCACUCUGUCUAUGCAUUCGACAUGACACAACCUAGUGCGACAAUUGCCUUUGGAGACCGCAACCGCGGCUUUCAGGCGGGCAUCAUCAACGGCCCUGUUCACCACCAUCCACCGCCUGAGCGAGCAGAAACCCCGCCGAACCCUUCUUGCGCCGUCCCCUUUCGCCGCGACCCGGACUUUGUCGAUCGCGGAACGCUGCUCGAUCAGAUACGCGAAACAUGCUCCGCACCGGCAUCUCGCAUAGCGCUGGUGGGCCUGGGCGGCGUAGGGAAGUCGCAGCUUGCCAUAGAGCACUGCUAUCAGACCGCGAAUCGGUCGCCAACGACGUGGGUGUUCUGGGUGCACGCCAGCAACGCGGGUCGCAUCGAACAAGGCUACCGAGACAUCGCGGACCAAGUCAAGCUGGCUGGCCGGAACGAUCCACAAGCGGAUGUGUUCAAGCUUGUUCGCAGCUGGCUUCGCAAUGAGAAGAAUGGGAAAUGGCUGCUGGUCCUCGACAAUGCCGAUGAUGCCGCUGCUCUCUCUAUACCAGCAAGCAAUGAUCAGAAGACACAGGCGAGCGGCGGAGAUGGCGCUUACCCACGUUACUUCUCAUCGUAUCUGCCCCAGAGCAAGAAUGGCUCAGUUCUGGUAACCAGUCGGACAAGGAGCGUGGCGUUGCGGCUGGUGGAGGAGAGCGAUAUCAUACCCAUCGAGCCCAUGGACAACGCCGGCGCGCAAACUCUUCUGCAAAAGAAGUUAGGAGAGGAGGUGGAUAAGGGCAGCACUGCCGAGCUUGCAAAGGCGGUUGAAUUCAUGCCACUCGCUCUCGUGCAGGCGGCAGCGUACAUCCGACAACGAGCGCCAAGGUGUUCGAUGCAGCAAUACCUAGAAGCGUUCUACAAAAGCGACAAAAAAAGGACGGGCCUGCUAGACUACGACGGAGGCCAUCUUCGGAGAGAUGAAGAAGCUAAGAACUCCAUUCUUAUAACGUGGCAAAUCUCGUUCGACCAUAUACUCCAUGCAAGGCGGUCAGCGGCAGACCUGUUAUCUUUAAUGAGUUUCUUUGACCGGCAGGGGAUUCCUGAAGCGCUUGUUCGCAAUCAAAGUGGGGCACGGAAUAGACAGGGGGGCGUAGAAGCUAUUAAUACAGAUAGCGAAAAUAGUGACAGCGACAAUAGUAAGUCGGAAGCCAGCACCGACGACGGGUUUGAAGAGGAUAUUCGCACGCUAAGGAACUACUCGUUUAUUGCGCUUACCACCGAUGCAACAACGUUUGACAUGCAUAGGCUUGUGCAGCUAGCCACGCGGAAGUGGUUGGAAGGGCAGGGCCAACUGGAAAUAUGGAAGCAGCAGUAUAUUGACAAUCUUUGCACAGCAUUUCCGACAGGCGAACACAAGAACUGGGCCCAAUGCCAAGCGCUCUUUCCGCACGCCAAGUUGGCGCUGUCACAGCCACCCAAGUCUGAGGAAUCCCUCCAACAGUGGGCUCUAUUGUUGUACAAGGCAGCAUGGUAUGCUUGGCAAAAAGGAAGUCUGAGUGAUGCCGAGAAACUGUCGGUGAAAUCAAUGAAGGUUAGGGAAAAGCUGCUUAGUAAAGAGCAUACGGACACGUUAAACAGUAUAGCAAUGGUAGGGCUCGCAAUAAAGCUUGCGGGACGGUGGAGAGAGGCGGAAGAGCUGGAGGUGCAAGUGAUGGAGACAAGUUCGAGGGUGCUUGGGGAGGAGCAUCCUUCCACGCUGACCAGCAUGGGCAACCUGGCGUCGACGUACAGGAAUCAAGGGCGGUGGAAGGAGGCCGAAGAGCUGGAGGUGCAAGUGAUGGAGACGAGUUCGAGGGUGCUUGGGGAGGAGCAUCCUUCCACGCUGACCAGCAUGGCCAACCUGGCAUUUACGUUCAAGGCUCAAGGCCGCAACGAUGAUGCUAUUUUACUAAUGGAAAAAUGCUCCCAGCUACAAGUACAGGUUCUGGGCCCUCAACAUCCACAUGCAAUACCAUCGGUUAGGACUCUAAAUCAGUGGCAGCUAGAGAAUAUGGGCAUCGGAGUUUAAAGAGACUUUAAUUUGUGUUGCACUCUUAUAACCGUUAUCAGGGCAUUUUAAAAGAGAUCAUGUAGUAAAUAGAGCUAGUGGAGACCCUAAGUUAGUAAAU